AUGGUGUCCCAAAUUUCAAAAAUUUCAACUAGCAAGACUAGUCAUAAUUUGCUACCUGAUAAGCCAACAUGCAAAAACUGUUCCUGUUUCUUCUGCAUCUUGUCUGAAACUGUCCCUUCUAUUAGAAGAACUAAAAUUGCCCAUUACUUCAAACAAAUGCCUCUAAGAGAAGACCAAGAACAUAUCCUGGUUUUAAGUGGGAUAUGGAAAAUCGCCAUGACUAAACCAAACGAUCCAGAAUUUCCUUCCCUUGGCAGCUUUAGAUGUAUGGCCAAACUGAUUAGAAAAGGUGUCAAGGACAAAGGUUGGCUUCUUAGGCACCAGAACAUAUAUAUACCAUAUUAUGCAGCACAUAUCAUUGGUUCCUAUACCAUGCACAAAGCUAAGUUUGCCAAAAAAGCUGUUAAGUCUAUGGUGGUUCAGCCACUAGUGGAACUGCUUCGAGGUAAGAUAAGUUGGGUUGAACAAAGAGUUGCACUUCGAGCACUGAAUCAUCUGGCUAGCCAUGAAGCUACUUUUGAAGCCGUUAAUGAACAUAGAUCAGAAAUCAUAGAAGCAGCUAUUAACAUAGCUUCCACGUGCCUAAAUGAGGUAUAUGAUAAGUUUGUUUGCUUGAAGGAGUCACAUAGAUUGGAGUACCAUAGAAACUUGCUAACAAGAGGGUUUGGAAGCUUGGAAUUAGAAAAUAGAAAAGCAGAAGAAUGGGGUAGCCAGCUUCAGUGCUGGUCUCUCUAUCUCAUAGAUUGCUUUGCAUGCAAAGAAAAAUCUCUCAGAUUUAUCUGCAAGAAGAAAUUCUUGAAGGGUUUAUGUGGAAUGUGGGGAGGGAUGGCAAAUCCAUCUUCACCUGGUGGAAUAGGACUUCUACGAACUCUGUGUCACACCCAAAUUGGAAGACAAAGUAUAGCAGAUUUGCAAGAAGUGAUAGAGAAUUUUUGUAACGUGGCAAGAUCCUCAGAUGAUAGGCAACACAUGGCUAUUGAAAGUCUUUUCGAACUUCUCAGAGACCCAGUAACAAGGUAUAAAGUAAUAGACACUGCAGCUCCAGUUCUUGUUGAUUUGGUAGAACUCAGAGACAUAAGAGGAAAACACAAAGUUGGACAAGCAAUCAUGCAGAUUCUGUUGCAGGAUUACCACAAAAUCAAGUUUUACAAGUUGAGUUUGAAUAGCGAAAGAACAAGGAGAACACUAGAAGAAUUAUGGGAUUUGAAGGUAGAAAGAGUUAAGAGAGAAAGACUAAUGAAUGAGCAAGAAAUCAGAGAAAAAGAAGCCUUGUCGAGUGUUCUGAAACAAGAAGGAAAUCAGAGAUUUUUGUCAGGGGAGAUUGAAAAGGCUGUGAUGAAGUACACAGAGGCUUUGGAUUUGUGCCCUCUUAAACUUAGGAAAGAGAGGAUUGUGCUUCAUAGCAACAGAGCUCAGUGUCAUUUGCUUCUUAAAGAUGCAGAAUCUGCUAUAAGCGAUACCACUCGAGCUCUGUGCCUAUCGGAUGUGGCGUGUCCUCACAGUAAGAGUUUGUGGAGAAGAUCACAAGCUUAUGACAUGAAAGGGCUCGCUAAAGAGAGCUUAAUGGAUUGUUUAAAGUUCAUCAGCACCCGCUUCAGGUCUUGGAAGACAAAGGGACUCAAAAUCCCUUACUAUGCAGCACGUAUGGUUAACAAGCAUAUGAACUCCACGUGGCUCUUUGCUUCAGCCAAGUCAAAGUGGUGUAGCAAACACGAAGCACUGAAAGAGUUCAUGAUGAGCCAAAAUCAAUUUGAUGUUAUGAACUUGAGGAAGAAAACGAGGAGAAAAAUGAAAGGUGAGUUCUAA